AUGGCGUCCGCGGCAGCAACUGCGACAGCCAUGGACGUGGUCGCUCCUAAGUCGACCACUCUCGUCGAUACACGUCACGAUGCUGACGUGUCCCAGGCUGACGAGGCCGGCCUGCACGAAGAUCUUUACGCGCGGCUCAAAUCGCUCCAACGCCAACUGGAAUUCGUGGAAAUCCAGGAGGAAUAUAUCAAGGACGAGCAGAAGAAUCUUAAACGUGAGCUGCUGCGCGCGCAGGAGGAGGUGAAGCGGAUCCAAUCCGUCCCGCUCGUGAUUGGUCAAUUCCUCGAGAUGGUCGACGCGAACGCGGGGAUCGUCGGAUCGACGACCGGGUCGAAUUACUACGUCCGGAUCCUGAGCACGAUCAAUCGCGAGCUGCUAAGGCCGUCGUCGUCCGUCGCGCUUCACCGGCACUCGAACGCGCUCGUGGACGUGCUGCCGCCGGAGGCCGACUCGAGCAUCUCCCUGCUGAGCCAGUCGGAGAAGCCCGACGUUACUUACACCGACAUCGGCGGGUGCGACAUUCAGAAGCAGGAGAUCCGCGAGGCGGUGGAGCUGCCGCUGACGCACUUCGAGCUGUACCAGCAGAUCGGCAUCGACCCGCCACGUGGCGUGCUGCUGUACGGCCCGCCCGGCACGGGCAAGACGAUGCUGGCCAAGGCCGUGGCGCACCACACCACGGCGGCGUUCAUCCGCGUCGUGGGGUCGGAGUUUGUUCAGAAGUACCUGGGAGAGGGUCCGCGCAUGGUGCGCGACGUGUUCCGCCUGGCCAAGGAGAACGCGCCCGCCAUCAUCUUCAUAGACGAGAUUGACGCCAUCGCCACGGCACGCUUUGACGCGCAGACCGGCGCGGACCGCGAGGUGCAGCGUAUUCUCAUGGAGCUGCUCAACCAGAUGGACGGGUUUGAUCAGACGGUGAACGUGAAGGUGAUCAUGGCCACCAACCGCGCCGACACGCUCGACCCUGCUCUGCUCCGGCCUGGCCGCCUGGACAGGAAGAUCGAGUUCCCUCUGCCUGACCGGCGACAGAAGCGCCUUGUGUUCCAGGUGUGCACGGCCAAGAUGAAUCUCAGCGAGGAGGUGGAGCUGGAGGACUAUGUUUCCCGCCCGGAUAAGAUCUCUGCUGCUGAUAUCUCGGCCAUCUGCCAGGAGGCAGGCAUGCACGCGGUGCGCAAGAAUCGGUACGUGAUUCUGCCCAAGGACUUUGACAAGGGUUACCGCUCGCACGUCAAGAAAUCUGAUACUGACUUCGAGUUCUACCGAUAG